CAUCCCUCUGUUUCAAUAGCGCCGCGGGCCCAUAUCUGUCUCACGAAACAGAACCCCGGCAUCAUGGUCGCCUCUGCUGUCAGAAUGCGCGUCCCCAGCGCUUCAUUCAUCUCAAAAGGUGCCUGCUCCUUAAGGCGACCACAAGCCUCUUACAAAUUCACGGCUGCUAUCCAACAUCAAUUGCCUGCUUUAGCUGCUCUUUCACGUUACUACGCCUCCAAGUCUUUCCCUCCUCACACUAUCAUCAGCAUGCCUGCCCUGUCGCCAACAAUGACGGCAGGAAACAUUGGAGCGUGGCAGAAGAAAGCUGGUGAUGCUUUGCAACCUGGCGAUGUUCUGGUUGAGAUUGAGACCGAUAAGGCGCAGAUGGACUUUGAGUUCCAAGAGGAGGGUAUCUUGGCCAAGGUGCUGAAGGAAUCUGGCGAGAAAGAUGUGUCUGUUGGCUCUCCUAUUGCUGUCCUAGUUGAAGAGGGCACCGACGUCGCGGCUUUUGAAUCGUUCAGCUUGGAAGAUGCUGGUGGCGAGGGUGCUGGUGCCGCUCCUCCAAAAGAAACUCAAGAAACUCCUAAGGAAGCCCCUAAGGCUUCAGAGCCAUCUACGCCCCAGCCUGCUGCUGGUGCUUAUGAGCCCGAUACCUCCGGUGAGAAGCUCCAGCCUAGUCUGGACCGCGAACCUGCGAUCAGCCCGGCUGCUAAGGCUUUGGCUCUUGAGAAGGGUGUGCCAAUCAAGGCUCUAAAGGGUACCGGCCGGGGUGGCCAGAUUACCAAGGAGGAUGUUGAGAAGUACAAGCCUACUGCUGCGGCUGCGGCUGCUGGGCCUGCUUCUGAGGACAUUCCUCUCACAUCAAUGCGCAAGACGAUUGCUAGCCGCCUCCAGCAGUCUUGGAACCAGAACCCUCACUUUUUCGUUUCUACUACUCUGUCCGUCACCAAGCUUCUGAAGCUUCGGCAGGCACUAAACGCCUCCUCUGAGGGCAAGUACAAGCUCUCCGUCAAUGACUUCCUCAUCAAGGCUUGCGCUGCCGCUCUCCGCAAGGUUCCCCAGGUGAACUCCAGCUGGACUGAGGAGAACGGCCAGGUUGUUAUUCGCCAGCACAACAGCGUUGACAUCAGCGUUGCUGUUGCUACGCCCGUUGGUCUGAUCACUCCUAUUGUGAAGAAUGCCCAGGGUCUUGGUCUUUCCAGCAUUUCUAACCAGGUCAAGGACCUUGGCAAGCGUGCUCGUGACAACAAGCUCAAGCCCGAAGAGUACCAGGGCGGUACUUUCACCAUCAGCAACAUGGGCAUGAACCCUGCUGUUGAGCGCUUCACCGCUAUCAUCAACCCCCCUCAGGCUGGUAUCCUCGCUGUUGGCACUACCCGCAAGGUUGCCGUCCCUGUUGAGACCGAAGAGGGUACCUCAGUUGAGUGGGAUGAUCAGAUUAUCGUAACCGCUAGCUUCGAUCACCGGGUUGUUGACGGUGCUGUCGGUGCUGAGUGGAUCAAGGAACUCAAGAAGGUUGUCGAGAACCCUCUGGAACUCCUUCUAUAGUUGCCAAAUUUGGAGUUAUGUGACCAUUUGCUAGCGCAUCGGCCCAGAGCCUUGACCUGGGUGGGAUUUGUCUCAUUAUGUAUUAAAAUCUUCAUAUUAUUUUGACCGUCUUGGUCUUUUAUAAAUCCUAGCAUUUUUUUGUUUCUU